GUUCACUCUUCAACCAAUCAGUCUAUUCGGUCGAAUCAACUCGAUCGCAAACGCAAAUGAUAGGAUUUGAGAGUCAUGCGUUGCCAUCGGAUUCUAUCCGGCGUGUUUCGUUUGUCCCGAUGGUUCUCGAUCCAACUUGGGCCCAGUUCCCUGUGCGUGGUCAUCUUGAUGUCAAUGUUGUUUCCUUUGCAAUUCCUCUGGUUACGCGAAUGGCUCCCCAACAACCUCGAUUUUAGAGCCGGACUUUUUUCCAAACCUCGACCCCGAGUGGCCUUCUUGAAGACCCACAAAACCGGUUCAUCUGCCCUAACCAAUCUGCUGAUUCGUUAUGGGAUUCGCGAGAAGAUGAACUUUGUGAUACCCCCGCUCUCCGAUGGGGACGGGAUCUAUCAAUCCGGACGGCCUUUCCGAGUUCAAGAUCUCCAGCUGUCUCCUUGGCACAAUCUCUAUGUGAAGGAACAAAAGUACGACAUUUUCGCCAUGCACGCCAUAUGGAACUACUCAGCAUUCAGAGACCUCAUGGGACCAGAUUGCUUUUUCCUAACGUCCUUACGAAAACCUUGGGAGCAAUUUGAGAGCAGGUUCCACGAGUAUCCAUUUCAUACGGACAACAUCUCCGAGUUUUUGGCCCAAUUCAUCGACGACGUUCCCCAUCCGGAUGUUGGCCAUCUGGAAAAGGCGCCAUGGAACCAACAGGCUUAUGAUCUGGGGAUGCCUUAUCCGGAUUCGUUAACACCCGAUCUAAUUCAAGAGCAUAUCAAGGAACUGGACAAGCAAUUCGACCUGGUCAUGAUCCAGAAUUGGAUGAAUCACUCUUUAGUGUUGCUCGCGGAUCGCCUUGGGAUUGACUUGAGCCAAGCAACUUUGUCCCCCAUUAGGAAACGAAGGGACUCGAAAAGGAUAAUACUUUCGCAAAGAGAGCUCGACUUUUUGUCCACUGUUCAGGUGGCCGAUAACUUGCUCUACAAUCAUUUCACAAACCGUUUGAACCUGGAAAUUAAGGCUUUUGGCUUCAUGAAGAUGGAAGAGAGCGUGAAAUAUUUGGAGCAUCUCACAAAUCGUCUCAUGGAGACAUGCACAAAAAAGUCCUGGCCGUUGAUAAAGAAGAAAGUGUCGCUGACCGAAAAUAGACCAGUGGUGUUUGACUGUCCGAAAUAUUGGUACGUGAGCUACAAAUUCUACCCAAUCAUGUUUGAAAAUCUAAUGGAUAAGUGGAAAGUCAUCGAAGGAAGCAUGGUCAAUGCCUCAUCCGAUCAGAGAAUCAAGGUCGAAUAAAACCAUGCCCAAUCCUCACGGAGCUUUGUAAGGACUUUGUGAAUACAAGCCAUUCAAGUGAAAUUGCUUCUUGUUAGAUAGAUCAAUUAUUUCUUAUCUGAGAACUUCAUCUCAUGUUCUAUGGAAGCUGAGACCUUUCCAUGCGUUCAGAUGUCACGACUUCUUUGUCGCUUUAGUCUUAGGACCAACAUAGAAAGCAGAUCUCGAUUAACACAUAUUCGAGUAUAACUUGGCUAAGUAUAGCAUAUACUGUCAAUAUCAGUGGCCAUACUCAGAGUCUCGUGUUGUCUCCGAGGAUCUCGCCAGCCUUAGUUCAAUGUGCAGGUAAGGACGCAAGGCUGACGUUGGUCACAAGCCUCCAUUUGACACUUGCUAUGAAUGUGAGACGUGACAGGCAUCGAGUCUUUUUUUUCGUAUUCAUGCAUUUACCCAGUACACACAAGUACGUACAGUAUCUAGUAUCUAGUAGUAGUAGUACCACUCCUCCAUUUUCCCAUCCUCAUCAUCACACUUGUGCUUGUUGUUCAUUCCUAAUCGAGGAAUCAAAGACUCGUUCCCGUUCUCACACACAACAGAAACAGUUGGAACAAAUGGCACAACUUUUGCGUUUCAGUCAGAAAACAUGGACCUCGUACAAAUCAUUGUGAUCGUAUCAGGAUUUUUCAUUUCUUCCGUAUUUUGUGAGAUCUGUGACCACCAUCAAAAAGGCGAUUUUGUCGGGUGUAUCGCCAUAUCGUUAACCAAGUCCAACUCCACGGAGAGUCAGAAUGUGAUCGAGUUCCAAAGCAACGAAAGUCUUUCCCGUCCAAGUGAUUGUUUCCAAACUUGUGAUCUGAUCCACCCGGAUUCCACCGUCGCCCUUUUGAAUUGGAACCCAGAACGCGGUCUGGAUUGCCUGUGUGGAUCAACUGGAUUGAUUGACCCGGAUAAGGUCGGACCCAGAGUGUUUUGCAAUCAAAAGUGCGACCAAGUGUCCUGUGGAGGCCACCAUCGGUUCCAAACCGGUCAAUCCGAGAGCUACUUUUCGGCGUUCUGUCUAAAAACCGACCUCAUGGAUGCUAUUAAACGCCCGCCCCGCAACCGAUCUGAAGCCUUGUCGAGGAGCAGCACAACAAUGGAUAUCAAUGGGACCCACGGCACUUCUUCCCAUACGAGUGAAGAAGCGGUCAUGGAAAGUUUACAAGACAUUUGGCUGUCCAUUAACAAAACCAACGUGCUCUCUAUUGUGAUGAUUGGCCUGUUGGUUUUGGUGGUCAUUCUGGUUUUGAUCGUGUUAGUUUGGUUGUACAAUUUCAUGGAGUUCUUGGAUAUCCAGGGCCAAGGUUCGGCCUUCUACCGCACCUCGGGAUCCACCCGCCGGCCCCCCUUGAGUGAAGAGGGCAAGGAUCAGGUUUAUGGGGCAACCAACCGGGCCUUUGAUCCCGCCCCUCAUUCCGAGGGCCCGUUUGGCCUGGAAGGGCCGGAAGAAAGGCAGGAUUCGGGGGGCAAGGCAGCGUUCUACGAAGAUAGCGGCAGUCAACAAAGUAUAGAGACUGAACCGGCUGACGAGGUCCACGGCAAUGGGAAGUAAUGCAGCUAGUGUGUACGAGUGUGUUCGUAUGUAUUGUAUGAUUAUGGUAUGUUCAAGUACAUACAAUGUGUGAAAACAAUCUUGUCGUGUUAUCUUCAAUAAAGUUUCAAUGCGCGUGUCGUCAUGACCUAGUAACCAAAGUACGAAUGCACAUACCCUACAAGACUUUGUGGUGGUGGUGGGGAUGAUGAAGGCUCCCAUUUUGGUUUGUUUCAUAUUGGGUCUUUUGUUCUUGUCCGUUCGGAGUGAAUGGUGUCUUGAGGACCAGGUUUGCGUGGAGCUCAAUGAACACGUGAUCAGUUUCAUCACUUCCUCGGAUCCCGCUGAAUGUCUGCAACUCUGUCGAACACACCAAUCUGAAAAGUGCGACUUUUGGACGUGGCAUGAAACCCUAAGCUUGUGCUCUUUGCUCCGAGAAUGCCUCGAUGUUGUUCCUUGUCCAGGCUUAGAGGAGUGCUUUUCUGGAUCAGCAUUUUGCCAAUUCCGGAAUACUACUGUGCUAUGAGAGACCAUUAGCCAGUGAUGUGACUUGUUUCUUUUUGUAAUGCAUUUUGAUGCUAAUUAACUUGGGGCUGUGGAUAGGCUAAAGAUGACCCCAUAUCCCUUCCUCACCCCUUCCUUUGAAUAUCUGUAUCCAUCAGUUUUUUUAUUCAUUUAGUCCAAGGUAGAAUAUUUAUAAAUACAAAUCCAUGUUCCUUUCUGAUUGCCACA